AGCACGAAAAUGAGUUCCAAUUAGUCUCAAGCGUGACAUACAGCUGUUUUGUGGUCAAAGUACAAUCACGAUUCAUUUACACGCUUCGUUUGGGAUAAUAACUGAUAAACUACACUUCCCAGAAUACGGUGGGACUUUACAAGUAUCUUAUUGGUCACGAUCUGGGCUACUCCUACUCUGACGAAGGUCUUGCGACAAGUGGUGUGCGUUUAGAAUUGACCAUCAAGUUGAGAUGGUGCACAUAAUCCUAGCAUUCUGGAUUUUAGGUUGAGAGACGUUUGUAUCAUGGCUUUGAGCAGCAGGGAGUUCUGCCUAAGCUUUAGUAAGCAUGCAAAGGCAAUGGGAUUUUAUAAGCGGGCUUCUGAGCUGGUAACUCAAAGCAAUAUCCCAAAGGUUCAGCGGCGGUGGUUUUCAAGUGCUACUCAAGAAGAAAACAAACUGUCACCAAGUGACCCAGCAUGCUCAAGUGCGAUGUCGUCGAAAACUAACUCUGUACAGGUCCCUGCAGGCAUUAGACGAGUGUUAAAGGCUGAGACCUUGCCUUUUUCAGCAUUCUUGACGGACUCUUUUGGUCGGAGGCACAAUUACCUGCGCAUCUCGCUGACUGAGAGGUGCAAUCUUCGCUGCCAGUACUGCAUGCCGGAGGAGGGGAUCAAGCUGACUCCUCGUGCCCAGCUACUGAGUACUGAAGAAGUACUGACCCUGGCCAGACUCUUCGUUCAGGAGGGCGUGGACAAGAUCCGCUUGACAGGGGGCGAGCCUCUUAUCAGACCGGAUGUAUUGCAUAUUAUCGGUGAAAUGCGGAAAUUGGAAGGUUUGAAAACCAUAGCCAUAACGACUAAUGGUGUGAAUUUGAGUCGCCUCCUUCCUGGUUUAAAGGACGCUGGGGUUGAUCUACUCAACAUUAGCCUAGACUCUUUGGUGCCCGCCAAAUUCGAGUUCAUCGCCAGACGAAAAGGGUUUCAUAAAGUUAUGGAGGGCAUCAAUAAAGCCAUUGAGAUGGGAUACAACAUAGUCAAGGUGAACUGUGUGGUGAUGCGUGGGCUGAAUGAAGACGAGCUUCUUGACUUUGUGGCUCUGACAGAAAAAAAGCCCUUGGAAGUCCGGUUCAUUGAGUACAUGCCCUUUGAUGGAAACAGGUGGAAUUUUAAAAAAAUGGUGAGCUACCAAGAGAUGUUGGACCACAUCAAGCAGGAAUGGCCAAACCUGGAGCUUCUUCAUGGUGCAGAGUCUGACACCGCCAAGAUUUACAAAGUUCCAGGCUUCCAGGGCCAGAUUGGUUUCAUUACUUCCAUGUCAGACCACUUCUGUGGCUCCUGCAACCGCCUCCGUAUCACAGCAGAUGGCAACCUUAAGGUGUGUUUGUUUGGGAACUCUGAGGUGUCCCUGAGAGAUGUACUCCGCUCUGGAGCCACCGACGCUGAGCUGCUGCAGAUCAUCUCUGCUGCUGUGGGCCGUAAGAAGAAGCAACAUGCAGGCAUGUUCAAUAUCUCUAAGAUGAAGAACAGACCCAUGAUCCUCAUCGGUGGAUUACCCAGAGUGCUGUUGUCAGAGCCAAGGGGAAAAAUCGACUCUGUUCCAGACCACCUUCAUUUAUCAGAGUCCAGUGUCCUGUCAUCGACCCCAACAGAAUUAUCCCUCACAGACAUUCAAGAUGCAGGUCGCCCUCUGGAAGCAGGCACUAAAGCACCAGAAAUGCAUAGAUUAGUUUUGGCCAAUGGAAAUGCUGAGGUCACUCAGAAGAGAACAUUUGUCGAGGCCAGUAGUUGCUCAAGAAACGGGGAAGUGACCGUAGGUCCUCUCAGGUUUUCUAUGUCCAGAACUCCGUUGUCAGGUGGAACCUCUGAUUUAGCUUCCGAAAUGCACACAAAUGAAAAAACAAACACGCACAACCUGCUUGGCCAUGAUGGCCAUGCUGCACUAAAGACUGCUGCUUUUUUGCGCCAAGUUUCUGCAUGUCUCCCAGUAGCGCCCUCCAGUGUACAGGGCAGUUUUAUCAAGCAACCACUACCACUACUACAAAGAAUCCAUCAGACUCAUAGACAAGCUAAAGAUGCCAAUCAACAGAUGAAGACUGUUAAAGAUGCCAAUCAACAGAUGAAGAGCCCCCAAACAUCCGAUGUGUUGACUCACACCGAUGCACGGGGUCAAGCCUCCAUGGUGGAUGUGAGUGAGAAAGGCACAACACGGCGUUCGGCAACGGCCAGUGCCAACGUGGUGCUGGGACGCCGAGCUUUCGACUUGGUGCGAGACAACCAGCUGGCCAAGGGUGAUGCGUUGAGUGUGGCGCGACUAGCGGGCAUCAUGGCUGCCAAGCAGACGGCCUCACUCAUUCCUCUGUGCCACCCUCUGCCGCUUGACCAUGUCUCUGUCUCUGUCGAGCUACAGGAGGAUGGACAAACGGCCGUUGUCACGGCUACCUGCCGCACUACAGGCCAGACUGGUGUGGAGAUGGAGGCACUGACGGCUGUUACCGUGGCAGCGCUGGCCCUUUAUGACAUGUGCAAGGCUGUCAGUCGUGACAUCAUCAUCACCGAUGUCAAACUGCUUGCCAAGACAGGUGGUCAGAGAGGAGACUACCAGCGACACCAGACUUGAGUUGCUGCCCCUUCACAUCGUCCUGCUGUAGAGAUCACUGCCUUUCGUUAGUCCCAAGUGCACAUAAAAUACAUCCAGUUAAAAAGACCCAAUAUAAUGCAGGGAAGGUUAAUAACAAUGUAUGUAUGAACAUCAGAUUUAGCGUUUUCUUGUCAAGUAAAUAUAGGUUUGAUUGGCUUUCACAGAAACCAAUGCCCUGCCCUCCCAUAUGUUUUUCAUAACUAGUACAAGUUUUACUAGACAGACAACUGAGCACAAUUUUUACAGAGUAUCUCUGUCAUAGUCAUCGUAGUUGAGCAUUAUUGGAUUCACUAAAACAACACUACAGCCUGCCUAAUAUUAUGCAAGAUGAUUUGUUUGUAGGUAAUUAUUGAUCAUUAUAAUUGUAAUAUCAAAUCAUAUGACUAAUAAAAAAUAAAUUACAAA